AUGGCUGAACAGUACUGCAGUCAAAUGCUGGAUACCUUUUGGAAACUUGUUCAUCACAGCAGGUCUUCCAUCCUUGCUUUCUGUGUUUCACACUUUACAUUUUCACUCGUGGCCACUCUUGGAAAUCUUUUAGUUAUCCGCGCUUUAAUAAAGGCCUCAACGAUACCAGCCAACGUCAGGAAGAUGUUCAUAAGUCUGGCUUUCUCUGAUCUUGCAGUUGGAUUGUUGCCACAGCUUAUGGACGCUAUUAUCUAUGCCGUGGUGUGGAAGAUGGCGUCAAGGGUAGACAACUUAGCCUUCCUCUGUCCAACAGUUUUAAGCGUGCUCUCUUAUUUUGAGUAUUUUCUCAUCGCUGCAUCUUUCCUGAAUGUUACUGUCAUUGCAGGCGAUAGGCUUCUCGCUGUUUCGCUCCAUUUGCGAUAUCAGGAGCUUGUCACGACCAGACGUGUUACAACAGUAUUGGUAUCUGUGUGGAUAAUAAGUUGCUUCCUCGCCAUCCAAUUUAUUUUCUUUCCAAAAGAAAUUGAGAUGGUAGCUGCAGUUAUUUGCCUUACAGGAUAUGUUCUAACGACCAUGGCAUAUGUUCUAAUUUACAAAGUUGUCAAGUAUCAUCAAAAUCAGAUAUACAGUCAAAUUCAGCUACAAAAUGCCCAAACAAGGGAGGCACACCGACAAAGGAAGUCCGCCUAUAAUAGUUUAUUUGUGUCAGUAGUUUUUUUAGCUUGUUAUUUUCUUUUUUUUUCCUUGUACAAAACUGUACGAGACAAAUACUUCUGNUAGUUAUCCGCGCUUUAAUAAAGGCCUCAACGAUACCAGCCAACGUCAGGAAGAUGUUCAUAAGUCUGGCUUUCUCUGAUCUUGCAGUUGGAUUGUUGCCACAGCUUAUGGACGCUAUUAUCUAUGCCGUGGUGUGGAAGAUGGCGUCAAGGGUAGACAACUUAGCCUUCCUCUGUCCAACAGUUUUAAGCGUGCUCUCUUAUUUUGAGUAUUUUCUCAUCGCUGCAUCUUUCCUGAAUGUUACUGUCAUUGCAGGCGAUAGGCUUCUCGCUGUUUCGCUCCAUUUGCGAUAUCAGGAGCUUGUCACGACCAGACGUGUUACAACAGUAUUGGUAUCUGUGUGGAUAAUAAGUUGCUUCCUCGCCAUCCAAUUUAUUUUCUUUCCAAAAGAAAUUGAGAUGGUAGCUGCAGUUAUUUGCCUUACAGGAUAUGUUCUAACGACCAUGGCAUAUGUUCUAAUUUACAAAGUUGUCAAGUAUCAUCAAAAUCAGAUAUACAGUCAAAUUCAGCUACAAAAUGCCCAAACAAGGGAGGCACACCGACAAAGGAAGUCCGCCUAUAAUAGUUUAUUUGUGUCAGUAGUUUUUUUAGCUUGUUAUUUUCUUUUUUUUUCCUUGUACAAAACUGUACGAGACAAAUACUUCUGAAAUUUCGUUUCUCGUCGCUCAAGUUGCGUCGGUUUUCUUAAUUUGCCUGAACUCAUCAUUAAAUCCUAUUGUUUAUUGCUGGCGGUACCGAGAGAUUCGCCAAAGUGUAAAAAGCACAGUGAAGAAAUUAUUUCACAUGAACGAGAACAUGACAUGA